UGCUGAUAGCCUUAUGCUGCCCAGACAGAAGAGAGGGAGAUUAUCCCCUGCCCACACCCUGGCCCAUUAGAGGAGGGAAGUUUAGGGCUGUCCUGCCAACUCGACCCUGUUUACCAGCCAACCUCCCAGCUUCAAGCCAAGGCCUUUAACUUCAUGUCACUACAGCAGCUGUGGAGGUCACUUCUUCAGAUAACUACUCAGCUCUGGAAAAUGAGCAUCCUCAAGGAAGCUACUGGAAGAUGUGCUCCACCAAAACAAGGGAGUAAUCAAAAAAGAUGAAAACAUGGGAUACAGGACACAGGAGUGCCAGUACAGGAGAGACGUGAAAGGGCUGGCUCCCCUGGAUGGUGAUGAAGGAAGAUCUAAGGAUGACAGCAGUGCACACCAGGCACACCAGCCCAGAUCUGAGCAGAGACUCCAGAAUCCAACAAUAGCGUGUAUACUUCCUUCAUGAAGUCUCAUCGCUGCUAUGACCUGAUUCCCACAAGCUCAAAAUUGGUUGUAUUUGAUACUUCCCUUCAGGUGAAGAAAGCUUUCUUUGCUUUGGUGACUAAUGGUGUCCGAGCUGCCCCUUUGUGGGAUAGUAAGAAGCAAAGUUUUGUGGGCAUGCUGACCAUCACUGAUUUCAUCAAUAUUCUGCACCGCUACUAUAAAUCAGCCCUGGUACAGAUCUAUGAGCUAGAAGAACACAAGAUAGAAACUUGGAGAGAGGUGUACCUACAGGACUCCUUUAAACCACUUGUCUGCAUUUCUCCUAAUGCCAGCUUGUUUGAUGCUGUCUCUUCAUUAAUUCGAAACAAGAUCCACAGGCUGCCAGUUAUUGACCCGGAAUCAGGCAACACCUUGUACAUCCUUACCCACAAGCGCAUCCUCAAAUUCCUCAAGUUGUUUAUCACUGAGUUCCCCAAGCCAGAGUUCAUGUCUAAGUCUCUGGAAGAGCUACAGAUUGGCACCUAUGCUAACAUUGCUAUGGUCCGCACUACUACCCCCGUCUACGUGGCUCUGGGCAUCUUUGUACAGCACCGAGUCUCAGCCCUGCCAGUGGUGGAUGAGAAAGGGCGUGUGGUGGACAUCUACUCCAAGUUUGAUGUUAUCAAUCUGGCAGCAGAAAAGACCUACAACAACCUAGAUGUGUCAGUGACCAAAGCCCUGCAACAUCGAUCGCAUCACUUUGAGGGUGUCCUCAAGUGCUACCUGCAUGAGACUCUGGAAACCAUCAUCAACAGGCUGGUAGAAGCAGAGGUUCACCGACUUGUAGUGGUGGAUGAGAAUGAUGUGGUCAAGGGAAUUGUAUCACUGUCUGACAUCUUGCAGGCCCUGGUGCUCACAGGCGGAGAGAAGCCCUGAGCCGGGGGAAGGGCUCAUGCUGCACCGGGGGUUAUGCCCCACUCACUGCCUGCCCAAAGCUCUGGGAACCAGAGACGAGAACUUUAGAGAAUUGGGACUCUGUUCCCUGCCCGGGAGCUCCCUACCCUUCUACAUGGGAGUGAGGGAAGGUGUGGGGGAGGAAGGAGAAUGGAUUUUUAGCUGUCCUUAUUCCUCACCCUUGAGGAAAUCUUUCAGCCUGGUCCCUGCCCACUUAGACAUAGCCCCCUUUCUGUGCUUCUCAGGCAAAUUCUGAUCUCUGAGAGAUCCCCAGACCUCACCCAGCCUUUGCCUCUAUCUCUGUCCCUGACUCCACCCUAAGAUAAUGGACACAACAAAACUCUUCAUAAAGAUAUUUUUAUUCAUCCUGUUUCACGCUGUAUGGAGGAGGCUGAGUCCAUUUAAUGGCAUUUCUUCCCAUAAUGGGAGUGGGGAGGAUCAUGGGGAGGAGGGCCUUUGGGUUCCUGUGCUGUAUGCAUAUGAAGGGAGAUGAGACUCAGGUGGAGGGGGAGGGCAGAGCGGUUAGCUGAGGUUAUUGCUUUUUGUGGCAAACCUAAUUAAAAUGACAGGAGCCUCUUCA